AUGUAUCCGGGACCUCCCAAUUCCAGAAAGACUUUAGGGCUCAAACUAAAGCUGACAAAGGUGGAGAUCAAACCAAAACUGACAAAGGUGGAGAUCAAACCAAAACUGACAAAGGUAGAGGUCAAACCAAAACUGACAAAGGUGGAGAUCAAACCAAAACUGACAAAGGUAGAGGUCAAACCAAAACUGACAAAGGUGGAGAUCAAACCAAAACUGACAAAGGUAGAGGUCAAACCAAAACUGACAAAGGUGGAGAUCAAACCAAAACUGACAAAGGUAGAGGUCAAACCAAAACUGACAAAGGUAGAGGUCAAACCAAAACUGACAAAGGUAGAGGUCAAACCAAAACUGACAAAGGUAGAGGUCAAACCAAAACUGACAAAGGUAGAGGUCAAACCAAAACUGACAAAGGUAGAGAUCAAACCAAAACUGACAAAGGUAGAAAUCAAACCAAAACUGACAAAGGUAGAGGUCAAGCCAAAACUGACAGAGUCAAAGGUAGAGGUCAAACCAAAACUGACAAAGGUAGAAAUCAAACCAAAACUGACCAAGGUAGAAAUCAAACCAAAACUGACAAAGGUAGAAAUCAAACCAAAACUGACAAAGGUAGAAAUCAAACCAAAACUGACAGAGUCAAAGAUAAAUAUUGACACUCCUCGUUCAACCUGA